AUGGACGCAGAGGCAAGUUCCUUGUCUUUCCUUGAUUCAGAGUACAAUUUAGAAGAAAAAGUACUAUUCAUCUCUCUUCCGAUCUGCAUUUUGGGAUUCAUAGGAAAUUCGGUUAUUUUAUGGUUCCUUUGCUGCAACCUCAGGAUUAAAUUAAACCUGUAUUUUGUGUGUGUGGCAGCUGCUAAUAACAUGUUAACCUUCACCAUGAUUGCUGAGUAUGUUAUGUUUCUUAGACCACAGACCUUCAGUUUAAUGUUUCACCGGGUAUUGCAUGUUUUGCAUUUAAGCAGUCAUCAAGCCAGCUUUUAUAUCUUUACAGCUAUCGCUGCCGAAAGAUGGUGCAUUCACUUUUUCCCUGUUUGGUAUAAACAGUUUCGGCCCGUGAAUUUCUCAGCCAUUGUGUCCUUUUCUUUGUGGGGGCUCACCACUCUGAUAUCAAUUGUGACCCACUAUCUUUGCUCUCCAAUAAUGGAAGUACACUUCAAGAAUAUUGAGACAUGUACAGCUUCAACCAUACUAAUAAUCAUCACUCAACUGAUUUUUAUUCCAAGUAUGAUGUUUUUUUCUUUGGGCAUAUGGAUUAGAAUUCAUAUGAAAGAGGAAGUUCCCCCACUGAGACUUGAUAUCACCAUUGUAGUCACAAUUUUUCUUUAUCUGAUGUUGAAUGUACCAUUUGACUUAGCUACGAUCUUGAUGUACUGGGUUGAUAACAUUGAUGGAUAUAUUCUGGGAUGCCUUAACACACUAUUGGAGGCAAUCAGCAGUUCGAUCAGUCCUUUUAUUUAUUUCAUUGUUGGAUCUUGGAAGAAGCCAAAAAUGAAGACAGCCUUUGCGUUUCUUGAAAUAGCUUUGUCAGACAAAACAGCCAUGCUUGUAAAAACACAAAGACAGACUUAA